CCCAAGAAAGCCGCGCACCGCAGCCAUGGAGAUGGCCCGCGCCUUCUUCCACACCCCGCAGCGGCAGCACCACCUCGCGGAGCUCCGCAUUGAGGGCGACCAGUCGCCGGUCGCCUUCUCUGACCCCUGCGCCGCCGGCCGCAAGCGCCGCUGCCUCUUCCCCGCCUUCUCCCCGCGCAAGAAAAUGUUGGUCGACCUUCCCCCCUUCUCCUCCGCGCCCGCGCCUUCCCCGCCACCCAGCGCCGGACGCACCGUCAGCGCUUUCUCGUCGGCGCUGUCGCCUUCCAGCGGAAGCAACGGAAGCUUCGCGUUCUGCGCUUUGCCGGAGCAGCCGUCGCCCGAGGGCUCCAACCGCAGCGGCGCCUUCGCGUUCUUGACUUCGCCCGAGCGGUCGCUGACACCCAUGGGUUCCACCGCCAGCAGCGGUUUUGGGGUCUUUUCUUCUCGGCCGUCGUUAUCUCCCGGCCACGGGAGCUCCAACGGAACCGGCGCCAUCGCGUCCUUGGCUCCCCCGACGCCGACGCGCACGGGAUCCAACGGCAACGACGGCGGGGAACCGGCGUUCCUGGCUUCUCCGAACCCGGCGCUCGGGCGGAAAGAUUCUUCAGCGUCUGCGGCAGACAAGGUGUUGUCUCCCGCGGGUCCCAGGAUUAGCGGCGGUGGCGAUUUCGUCAUCUCGCCGCCACUCUUCCUCCCGGCUUCCCGGACGUCGGCAUCUCCGGGGCGGAAGCCCGAGGGGAGCACCCUCUGGUCACGGCGCCGCGGGAACAAGCGGCAGUUGGAAGAGCAGCUGCAGGUCACCGUGCCGCUGAAGAAGGUCGCCAAGACGGAAGCGCUGGCCAUCGGCGACCCUACCCGUCGCGCCGCCCUGUCCGUGUCGUCGACCAGGCCGUGCUGCGCGUUCGUCAAUUCGCCGGCGAAGGCGAUCAAUCAGGAAGCCAACAAGGACAUCCUCGCCGCCAGCGGCGCAUCCUGCUCGUCAUCGCCGCAUCAGUCACCGGCGGGAAAGAUCUGCACGUUCGGCACAUCGCCAACAAGGCCGCUGGAGAAGGCGAGCAGGCGGGAGAGCGAGGGCGGAGGUGGCCACGGAGCGGCGGCGUGCCCAGGCGGCGAGCUGGUGGUGCGCGUGACCUGCUCGUGCGGUGCCCGGAAGGAGUUCUGCUUCGACCACCGCCACUGACGAGCUCGUUCCCCCGUCCGUCGCCACCGGCAGUUACUUCGUCAAUGGGUUGCUUUAUCAGUCUGACCUGAAUUCAGGACACCGAUAACUGCAUUGUGCUCGGAACUCUGUGUGUGCUAUGAAAGCUGUAGCAAGUGGACGGUUCUCUCUGUAGUAUCCCUGCUGUUUCUUCUUGAUUUGAACUGGAAAGUGUUGAAGAGUCAAAGACGCUUGUGUUCCUGGUAAAUGUACGCCGUUCCUUGAUGUGAUGGUGAUCUCCGCCAUUUUCUUUCUUGUUUCUAGCCACAUUUUUUUUCCACAUUACUCUC